AGUAGCGCGCACUAUGAAUGCUGGGACCGCACAUGUUUCGUUCUUUUUUCCGCCAUCUUUGUUUUACAGGAGUUGUUGAGUUGUCUUGGAAAGAUCAUAAAAUAAAAUGCAGAACGAAGCAGGAGAAUACGUUGAUAUGUACACUCCAAGAAAAUGCUCUGUCACUAAUCGUGUGAUAGCGGCCAAAGAUCAUGCUUCAGUUCAGCUGAACAUUGGGGAGAUUGACGAUACUGGUCGAUUCACUGGCAGUUUCAAGACAUAUGCUUUGUGUGGAAACCUCAGGCAGAUGGGUGAGGCUGACGAUUCACUGACAAAGAUUUGUAUAAGGGAUUCUAUUAUAAACAAGAACUAUGACUCUUGAAGUGAAAUAAAGAGAGUGUUCUGGCUUAAUAAAUAAAUGAACUCUGAAGUGAAGUGA